CUGAAACCGGUGGGGUUAAACUUUUAUUUAUUAGCUUAAAGUUAACUUUUUUAAUAGAAGGAGUACUAAGACAUUUUUUCAGAGAAAUAUAGUAUGAGUUCAUUUAAAUUGGUGACAAAUACGAAAAUAAAUGGCUAUAUCGACGCUCAGAAAUACAAAUCAGAGCAAACUGGAUUAAAAGUAGUGAUCUGUGAUGUUGAUGGUCCUGUGGUAAAUGGUUAUUACACAUUAGCAACUGAAGCUCAUGAUGAUGAUGGACUGCCGCACACCUUAGAACAUCUUAUAUUUCUGGGGUCUGAAAAAUAUCCCUAUAAGGGUGUUUUAGACUUAUUAGCAAACCGUUGUUUAGCUUCAGGAACGAAUGCAUGGACUGAUACAGAUCACACCUGUUAUACCAUGACUACGGCAGGUAGUGAUGGGUUUUUAACAUUAAUGCCUAUAUACCUCGACCAUGUUUUGUAUCCAAUAUUAUCAGAUUCUGGAUUUAUUACUGAGGUUCAUCAUAUUUCUGGGGAGGGAGAAGAUGGUGGCGUGGUUUACUGUGAAAUGCAAGGUCGUGAAAAUACUGGUGAAUCGCGAGCAAAUUUACAAAUGCUUCGUCUGGCAUAUCCUAGUUCAGGUUAUAGUGCAGAAACUGGAGGAAUAAUGAAAAAUUUGAGGACAAGUUGUAAUAAUGAUAAAAUUAAAAAAUAUCAUGCCAAGUUUUAUCGCCCGGAAAAUUUAACUUUGAUAAUAGCUGGAAAAGUGAAACCUGAAAAAGUAUUUGAAGCUUUAGAGCCGGUGGAGCAGAAAAUUAUUGGGAAAGGAAAGCUGCCGAAGUUUGAGAAACCAUGGCAAACUCCGGUGGCACCUUUGACUGAAUCUCACGAUAUCAAAAUUUUGUAUCCAUCGGAUGAAGAAGACUGUGGGUUGGUUUACAUUGGCUAUCGAGGACCAAACUGCAUUCAUGAAUAUAAAAAACUGAUGGCAUGCAACGUAUUGCUUAGAUAUUUAAGUGAUACUCCUGUAAGUCCAUUGCAAAGAGAGUUCGUAGAAAUUGAUGAUCCCUUUGCCAGCAAAGUAUCUCAUAGUUUGCUAGAAAAUUAUGAAUCAUUAUUAGUUUUCAUUUUUGAUAAUGUUCCGAUUGAAAAAAUUGAUUUAGUUUUAAGCAAACUCAAAGAGACUUUGAAAAAAUUUUUGGUUGGGGAAGAAAAAGUUGAUAUGUCCAGAAUGAAAUCUAUUCUUGAUCGUCUAAUUUUAGAAAAUUUGAGUAAUUUGGAAAAUGAACCGCAUGAUACUGCAGCUUAUUUGGUAAUAGGCGAUGCUUUAUAUGGAACUAAUGAUAAUGAUUUUUGUGACCGAUUGAAUCCUAAUAAAUUUUUUGAAGCGUUUUUAGAAAUGGAUGAGAAUUAUUGGAUCACUUUAAUCAAAGAGUAUUUAUUUUCUGGCAGUUUUAUUUGUGUCAGAGCAUUUCCAAGCAUUGAGGAAAAUAAUAGAAUGUCGAAAGAAGAACUGGAUAGAAUAGAGAAACAAAGAGUAGCUUUGGGACAAGUUGGUUUAAAUGAAAAAGGGGAAAAGCUACAAAAAGCAAUGGAUGAAAAUGAAAUACCACCACCACCAGAAAUGCUUACGCAUGUUCCUGUACCUUCUAUUGACGGAAUAAAUUUUCAUGAGCUAAAAAUUUAUAAGGCCUCUAACACUGAAUCAAUUUCUUGUUUUAACUUCUCCGAUAUUCCAGUCUACAGUGAAGUUUACGAUAUUAAUACAAAUUUUAUUUACAUAACUAUAACAAUGAAUACGAGUGGGUUGGAACCAAAAUAUCGUUCAUACUUACUCUUGUUAUUGGAAAUGCUUUUAGAGUCACCAGUUCGUCGUAAUGGCACUCUCAUUCCUUAUGAGGAAGUCGUUGCAGCUUUGGAAAGAGACACUAUUGAUAGCAGCACAACGCUCGGUUUGGAGGGGUGCGGAUUUUCAGUAGGUGUAUUUUCUCAUGUAGCCACACUGUCAAUUCAAGUGGAUUCAAAGAAGUAUGAAAAAGGUGUUGAAUGGGUAAUUGAUUUACUACAUUCAACGGAAUUUCCAGCUGAUCGAAUAAAAGUAUGUGCCUCAAAAAUGUUCAAUAAUGUGUCUCAAGCAAAACGUAAAGGCCACACCAUUGCCAAAGACUUGUUGAAAGCCAUGUAUUAUGAUGAGGAAAGCAAUGUUAAAAAAAGUUCUGUAUUAAAACAACAGAAAUUUUUGGGAGAAAUUAUAGAGUAUCUUGAUAAAUCGCAAGAUGUCGAAAGAAUUAUAGCUGACAUUGCAAAAGUUAGGAGUGAAUUAUUAAAACCAGAAAAUCUUUCAAUACAUAUUGCUGCGAAUGUUAAAAUGCAUUCUAAAAAUAAACACAAUUUGUCAGAACCUUGGAAAAAUAUUUUAAGAGAGGGCAAGGGUGUAAAUAAGAAAGAGUUAAUAGUAAUUCCCGAUUGGAAAAUUAUUAAAUCUGAUGGAAUUUAUCCUGAUAUGCAAGGAACUGUUGUUGGGAUGGGUUGUGUAGAGAGUGCAUUUUUAUUUCAUUCCAUUCCAAGCAUAAAAAAUUUCAAUGAUCCAGACUUGCCAGCUUUGAUGCUGUACUUGCAAUAUUUGACACAAUUAGAGGGACCAUUGUGGCGUCAAAUUCGUGGGCAAGGUUUUGCAUAUUGCUACACUUUGAUUCCUCGACCUCAAGAAGGUGUUCUUUCUUUGUCUCUAUAUCGUGCGUCAAACGUUGUAGCAGCGUUUAAAGAAGCUAAAUCAAUUAUCGAAAAUCAUUUAUCUUCGGCUGAAGUUUGGGAUGAAAAUUUAUUUGAAUCAGCUCGAAGCUCUUUAAUAUUUGAAUUGAUUGAAAGAGAACAUAGUAUUGGAAACUUAGUAACACAGGGUAUUCUUUGUGGUUAUAAAAUGGUAGAUUCCAAUCACAAUCGCCAUUUAGUUAGAGAAGUAAGUAAAAUAAAGAUGGAACAAUUAAAAACCAUUGGGGCAAAAUAUGUAUCCCCUUUGUUUUCCAAAAACGCUAAAACAGCAAUUGUUUGUCAUCCUGAUCGAGUUCAAGAAAUAGCAAAUGGUUUUGCAAGCAUGGAUCGGAAAUUAACAACCGCAACCACUUUGGAAGAAAGUAUACUUUCUAAAUAAACUCUUAAUUGGAAUUUUAAAUACGAGUGAGGAAUGUUACAAAGACGAAUUUAAUAAACAAAACAAGCUAAUAAAAUUUGCU